AGAGGAGGAGCCAAGAAGCAACGGUCACAUUUCCUUUGCUUACCGUGUUGUGUUGGUCUCAUCGUCUGUCUCGCUCGGCGCUCGUCUUUCUCCCCUCCAUUCCAUUUUUCCUUCUCCUCUUCAACCAAACGAAACCCUAGCCGCCUCCUAUAGCUAAGCUAAGCUCCCUCCCCUCCUCCCUCUCAUCCAUCAAUGGGCAAGCUCCUCUGCGACUCCUCCUCCGCCGCCGUCGCCGUCGCCGAGGCACCUUCCCCUGCCCCUGCGCCCCCGCUCCUCACCUGGCCCACCCCCGACCCCGACCCCCCGACCAGCUGGACCGCCGUCGCCGCGCUCGAGGACCAGCAGCGCCGCCGCCUCCACCGGAUCUGGGAGCGCGGCGUCGCCUGGAAGCCCCCCGCCACGCUCCCGCUCCCGCCCCUCGUCUUCCGCCUUGACCACGCCGGGGAGGUCGACGCCGACGGCAACUGCCUCUUCACCGCCGCCCGCAAGGCCGCCUCCGCCAAGCCCGACGCGCGCGACCUCAGGCACCGCAUCGUCCGCCGCUUCUCCCACCUCUACGCCGCCGCCCAAGCCCCCGACAGAGACGCCAUCGAUGCGGCCGUGCGCCACCUCUACGCGCCGGAUCUCAAGGCCGGCUGGGGCGUCCACGUCGUGCAGGAGCUCAAGUUGCUCGCGCCCAAGACCCUGCGCCACCACCUCGACGCUGCCAUCAACGACCUCGUCGACCUCGGCAUCCAAAGGGAAAUGGCAGCUGAAACCAUAUACAGGGAGAGAUGCAUAGCUGUAAACAAUGGAGAUAGUUGGGCCAAGUACAUGUCUGUCUCUGGUUCCGCAGAGGACGAGCACAACAUAAUCACUCUGCAGUACACAGAGGAAGGCUUACUGACCAUCGAUGAGAACCGGGAUGGCCAUGCUGCAGCUUUUGGUGAUGAUAUUGCUAUCGAGUGCCUGGCAACCGAGUUCAAGAGAGAAGUUUAUGUGGUGCAAGCACAUGGAGCGGAUGCAAUGGUUGAUGAGGACAACUGUGUGUUCUUCCUACCACACCGCCCUAGAGGAGAAAUUUGCGAGCCGCCGAUUUUUCUUUUCAUGAAGGGAACAGCAUGGUGUGGUGCUGGUGCCGACCAUUAUGAGCCUUUGAUAGCCACUGUCCUCCAGAAUGUUACUCCAGACAAGGCAGCUGUUGUACUUUGAGGAUGACUUCCUUCUUUUUCGCUCCCCCAGUUCUAGUCACUGAUGGAGUCGAGCCAAUUUUGUAAUCUGAGCUAGAUUGCUUUAUUGAGGAGCAACGUCUAUGCCCAAGAGGAUCUAACUGUGCGCCGCAGGGUCUUGCCUGCUUCUGAAGUUGUGUACUAUGAUUCGUUUUGUAUGCUGAUUUGAUUAGUGUGUGUUUUGAUAGGUUCUGACUGUUGAGGAGGAGAUUCAGAGUGUGGUAGAAUAUCGGAUCUAGUUUAUGCUGUGAAUUGUUGUGCGGCAUUGUAAACCGGCAUUUUGGUAUUGCCUCAUGCCUAUUGUGAGGUUUUUUUUUUUUUUGGUUGCUUGCGUUCUAGGGACAUGAUUGGACAUUUGAGAAUGAGGAUCAUUCUUUUCAGUUUUGGGCUACCCGUUGUUCCAGUCCUUGCUGUUGCCACAAUCUGACUGGAGCGGGGAUGAAUUGAUUUGCAAAAGAGAUGUAAUACUUGUUUUCUCAUGCAAAUUGUACCAACAUUGCAGAGGGAUAUGGCUGCUGUAAAAGUCUCUUCUUUCCUUUGCAAAAAUAGGAUCAUCCUUCGUUGUAUUUAUA